ACUUAUAACAAAUGAUUGUGGGUCUCUUUGGGAAAAACAACGCAGUUCCACCUGACAGUUUCCAACCAGGGAACCAAAGUCAAAAAACAAACACAACAAACCCCGGAAAAGAGAAGCGGAAAACGAGCCGAAAUGUUGCAAGCGAAGCGAGAUUAGAGAAGUGGAUAUGGAAUAUAUGGAAUAAGCAGAUUCGUAAAUAUGUGCGUGUGCACGAAAGGAAAGGCUUUAAAGCGACAGCGCCAUGUUAGUAGCGUCGAGCAGCGCCAGUUGACGUGACGUAGCUGCGGGGUCAGGUUGUAGCUUGACAGCGAGACUUCAACGGGCCAGAACGUGCAGGCAAAGCGUCGAAAGGCCGGCGGUGAUGAUCGCUCAGCGUCUCUCCCAGCUUGCUUCCAAUCUACUUCUACUCUUCAGUUUCAGUGAACAGAUGCGGGUCGAUGCCCAGCCUGUGCCCUCUCCCCCCCUGCGCUCCCUGUGAAAUGCCCUGAGUGCACUGGAUCCAGCGUCAGGCGAUGAUGGCGACUAUAUCCUGGUACCAGGAGAAGAUUGGGGCCUAUGAUCAACAAGUCUGGGAGAAAUCUCUGGCCAAGGCUGAUCUAAAUGAUUUGGACAGCAAACCAAAGAAGUCGUGUCACAUCAAGCCAGACCUGAUCGAUGUUGACCUGGUUAGAGGAUCCACAUUCAGCAAAGCCAAACCAGAGAGUCCCUGGACAGCUCUGACCCGUAAAGGUCUGGUCAGAGUGUUACUCUUUCCAUUCUUCUUCCACUGGUGGAUCCAGGUGACCUCCAAAUCCAUCUCCUCAUGCAUCCUGGUGCUAUACUUCAUGCAAGUGGCAGCAGUGCUGCUGUACUCAGAGGUCCCUGGGGCAAGUGCCAGUGAGGUGUUUGGGCCCAUGUGUCUCAUGCUGCUGCUGGGAACCGUGCACUGCCAGAUUGUGUCGACUGAGUCCAGCCGGUGGCCCUCGGGCAGUCCAGCUGCCAGCAGCCCUGUGCGCAGAAGGAGGCCAAGGAAGGUCAGAGGCCUGAAGAAGCCUGAAGAAAAGAGUGAUAGCAGGGACACUGAGCAGCUGGAGCCCUGGCAGUCUGAGGAAAAUCAGCAUAUAUACAGAACCAAGGAGAGGAGGGGUUUUGGGGCAUCUGAUGAGCUCUCCAGUGAGGAAGAGGAGGAAGUACAACUCAUGGAAGUAAAUCAUCCACCACCAAAUCAAGAGGGACACCACUACAAAACUGCUGCACCAGUUUCUUCUGUUAGGAAGAGAAAGUCUACCCCCAAACCAACACUAAGACCUCAGGAAGGAAGCACAACUUCCAUCGUGGCGAAGCGUCUCAGGCAGAGUGUGGGCUCUCGUCCAGCCUCUGACACGGACGACACAAUGUGGGAAGAGCUUCUCCAAGGCCCCGACUCUGCCUCCACAGGCAGCAGCGACAGUGACAGGAAUGGGAGGUUCAAGAUGACGCUGCCACAAACCUCUAAUCUGAGCAGUGACGAUGAGAGCCUACAGCAAGGAAUCACUGGAAGUCAGCUGUCUUGGCUUCAGGCCUGUCACCCAUCUAAGGACCGUGUCAGCGCCAUAAUAUGGGAACAGGGCGAGUGUAAAAAAGCAGACAUGUCGGUGUUGGAGAUUAGCGGGAUUAUCCUCACACGGGUGAAGUUAGUGGAGCAGGGUGUGGGUUACCUCAUGCUAAGCGGGCUCAUGACCGCCAGCCUUUCUCUGCUGCCCUUUGCCUUCCGCUUGGCUCAGCAUCUGGACGUAUCGGGCCUCGGCUCCCUGUCCCUGACAGAGCUGCUGGAAAUGACGGUCGGGCCUCCUGAUGUGCUGGCCUACGCCUUCUUCUUCAUCACAACUGUGCAAAGAAUCUGCCUCACGGGGCUGUUCUUCUUUAUGAUGUGUGUGGCUGAGAGAACAUACAAACAGAGACUUUUAUUCGCCAAGUUCUUCAGUCACCUCACCUCAGCUCGGAAGGCCAAGAAAUCUGAGAUUCCUCAUUUCAGGCUGAAGAAAGUUCAAAACAUCAAGAUGUGGUUGUCACUACGCUCUUUUCUGAGGAGACGAGGUCCACAGCGCUCUGUUGACGUCAUUGUCUCCACCAUCUUCCUUUUAGCACUUUCCAUUUCAUUCAUCAUUUGUGCACAGCUGCUUCACAGCCACAAAACAUUCCUAGAGUCUAUGAAUAACUGGGAGCUGAUGAUGUGGGGCUCGUCCCUUGUCCUCUUCCUGCUGCGAUUGGCCACAUUAGGUUCAGAGACCAACUGCAAGUACAGCAACUCCUCGGUGCUGCUCACUGAGCAGAUCAAUUUAUAUCUUAAGAUGGAGAAAAAGCCCAAUAAGAAAGAAUCACUCAGUAUAGUGAACAAUGUUUUGAAACUAGCCACUAAGCUAAUGAAGGAGCUGGAUACUCCUUUCAGACUGCUUGGUCUGACUGUAAACCCCUUAAUCUAUAACAUCACCAGAGUGGUCAUCCUGUCUGCUGUGUCAGCUGUGGUCAGUGACCUGCUCGGCUUCAACAUCAGACUGUGGAAAAUCAAGCCUUAAUGUGAAAAUGGCAAACCACUAACAGUCGGACACUGGAGACCAGGAACUUCUCCAUCCUCGCGUUCGCAGAGCGUGUGCAAACCUACUGACAGUAUCUGCACAGUCUGUGCCUUCCAGCUGAGGCCGUCGGGAGUUUCACCAGUCAUUCAAGCCUGACGCGCUCUGGCAUUCACAGAUACUGUCUGCUCAGCUGCUAUCGGCCACGCCACUGACCCAGUGCCUAACAUUGGACCGUUGAAUGUUCCUCAGUAUGUGGUUUAAUACAGUGGUGGGCUCAUGGUUUCUCUGGUGUCCACACUGUGUAUUGCACAGACCUGUAAACAGUAGAUGAUGAUGUACGAACUCAGUAUUUUAUUACAAUAACAUCUGUUAUUUCUUACAAUAACUAAAUCAAAAUAGAUUAGCCAGUUGCAUUAAACGAACUCACCUUUGAUUUCAGCUUUUUUACUGUUUAAGGAGGAAACAUUGUGAUUGUGAAAUGGGCUUUAUUUAUUUGGGGUUCUGUCAUUAAUGCUAAUGUUAAGUACCAUAAGUAAUGGUACCUAGAACUCAUGACUUUGACCACUAUCAGCCUUUUUGCAUUGAGACUCAUUGUUGGAUAAAACAAGUGUGCAGCGGAUGUUUCAUUAAUAAAAGGUUUCCACACCUGA